GCAGGUAGGGAGAGUGCUUGCAGUCCCAGGGGAGGGAGGCAGAGAGCUGGGAACACAGAAACUCCAAACCACGGUCUUCCUCCAGGGAGUUGAUCUGGAAGGAAAGCUCUUCCACGACUUUUGCUGAAUUUUCCAAGUUCACUCCACAACUGAGAGUCUCUUUUUUCCUUCUGGGAUUUGUUGCUGGUUUUAGAAUGAUAGCAGCUUGCCUGGGUUUACUGCUGGAUCGCUGCUGAUGUUCCAGACUUUACUUUCUUUCUUACUUCCUACACUUACAGCUCAUAAUUUUGUGUGCUGUAGUGAGAGAAGAAACUUAUUUCAAGGGAAUUUUCAGAAAUACUUUUGGAUUCUUCCUAAAACUCUUUAGAUUAUAUCUGGGAAGUUCAUUUUCAGCCAUGCCUGGCCCAGGAGCUUUCAGGCUGUUGUAGAUUUCUCCCUUUGAUCUUCUUGGAUUCUCUUUCAGGUGGAGAAAUUCCACUAGCAUCUGCCUGCCUAGGGCAUGUGUAUACUUUUUUUCCUCCACCCGGCAAAGUAACAGACUGGUUAAAAAAGACAAUUUUUAUUAAGCUCUUGAGACUUUUUUUUGUCCAGGAUUUAUAGAAACAUUUCCAUCUGUUUCAACCCCUUUGGAUUGCUGCAGGCAGACUGCUCAACAGGUUUGCAGAUUGAUUUUUUUUUUAAAUCCCUUUUUCCUGAAGAAUGAACAGUGUAACAGAUAUGUUUUAGUUGCAGAAUUUCCUUCCAUUCUCUGCAGUUAUGAAGACUCUAUUUUUUGUUGGAAUUUUGGAUAGUCCAUGGAACUUUAUUUCUUAGAACUAGUAGUUUGUUUUAAAGAUCGUAUUAACAUGUGCUUGAAAGCAGUGAUAACCAAUUGCAAGUGUGAAUAGGACUAAUAGGAACCAAAAAAGGGCAUGUUUGUACCUUUUUCUUUGGAGCCCAUACCUAAACUUUGAGUGUUUGGAGGCUUUUACUUUUUAGGAAUUUGAAAGCAUCUUGAGAAGUCUUUCAUUCCAUUAAUCAACAUUAAGAACUGGUAAUCAUAGGCUUUAUAGCGUAAUAGAUUCAAAACGCAAGUUACUAGAGGAUCCCUAUUUUUUUAUGCCAGACCAAGAGAAUUAAUCUUGAUUCUCAAGCUGAAGUGAAUGAAGCAUUUCUGACAGAAAAGGGAAUGGCAAAAAUCAAAUAGAAUUGGAGGAGAGCAACACAGUAGCAAACUUUCCCCCCUUUCCUUUUAUUUAAAUUAAACUUUAAAGCUACUGCUAUAGUAGUUGAAGGGAGAGAGCCCCUUUAGUAUUAUUGUUUAAUAUGUGGAAUUGAUGGAGGACACUGAUAACUAUAAUUAAUGCUAAAUCAAAACAGAUUGUGCUCUUGUGACUGGGAUAUGUGGGAAAGACAACUUUGUGGAGAGAAGGCCAAGUGUCUUCCCCAGACAUCUGAGAUGGAGGGGUUCAACCUGUUAAUCCUCCCAGAUCUAAAGCAGGAGAGAUAAGGGUGCUUUUUCCAUGGAGGACUCUCUCCCUAUUAUUGGACCUGGCGGGACUGAAGAUUUCUUAAUGCUACAUGGCGUUCCUCUAGGUUCAGGUUGGUUUCUUGUCUGAUGGCCACUCGUUCCAUCUGCAUUGAUCUUUCUGGAUUUAUCCUCUGCAGGAUGAGAAACACUGAUUGAAAGUUUUUGGUGGGUUGGAAUUGUUUUGUUUUGUGUUUUCUUUUGGCAAUUUUUCAUUAAGGCCCCAGAGGCCUAUGAGCACAUGGCAUCAAGGAAAAGAUGAUGGUGAGAAACAGAAGAGGAGUCUAGUAAAGAACGUUGGGAGAAAGAAGCUGCAGAUAACUGAGCCCCUUUCCCUCCCUCUCAUCUGCCCUACUGACUGAAAUCAAGCAGGAGCUCUAAGCUCAACCAGCUUUGCCUGCUGUUGGAAAACUGCUGGCAGAGUGAGGACUCAUUCCUGAGCGGUAUGUGUGGUCAAAGUGCACUGCUGCAGCUGGUAGCAUGAGUGCUGGCCCCCAGCUGCAGCUGGCUGUCCUCUGGCCUUGGCUGCUAAUGGCCACCCUUCAGGUAGGACUUGGUCACACGGGGCUGGCAGUCGCCGCAGCAGUGGAGUCAGAGAGAUCAGCAGCUCAGAAGGCAAUCAUUAGGGUGAUCCCCUUAAAAGUGGAACCAAUCACAUUGGAAGGAGUGUUUGCUAAUGUUGCUGAGGUUACUCCAGCUGAAGGAAAACUGCUGCAGUUCCACCCGUUGUCCUUGUGUAACACCAGUGAGGACGAGCACACGGAGUCAGGAUUCAUCACGAUUGUCAAGCUGGAACGACCAGAUCGCGAUCUCCACCCAUGCCUAUCACUGGCCAACAAGGCAAAGCUGGCAGGGGAACGGGGAGCUCGUGCCAUCCUCUUUGACAUCACGGAUGAUAAAACUGCUGCUGAUCAGCUGAGGAAGCCCAGGGGCCUCAGUCAGCCUGUGGUUCUGAUCUGGGGUCAUGACGCUGAACUACUGAUGGGCGUUGUGAACAAGAACAGAGAGGCCCAUGUGAAGAUAGAGGUCAAGGAGCCACCAGCUUGGCCGGACUAUGAUGUGUGGAUCCUCCUCACCGUGGUGAGCACUGUCAUUGUCAUCGUUUUGAUUUUUGUCAUUCGCACCAAGUGUCAUUUCAACAGGACUCAGGAUUCCUUGCAGCAGCAGACCAUGCAGGCGAUCAGCCAGCUAGCCACGCGUACAUAUCCAGUCCGGUGCCGACGGGCCCCUCUGUGGGAUUCGGCAAGCAGCUGCAGCUCAGCCCCAGUGUGUGCUAUCUGUCUGGAGGAGUUCAGUGAGGGUCAGGAGCUGCGCAUCAUUUCCUGUUCCCAUGAGUUCCACCGAGAGUGUGUCGACCCCUGGCUGCAGCAGCACCACACCUGUCCACUCUGCAUGUUCAACAUCCUCGACAGGAACCCGCUUGCUCAGCCCAUGCAUUCCAGCCAGAACCCCCGGGACCUGGAGCUUGGACAGCGCCUCCACCUCUUCCGGCAGCAUCCAGGACGUACCCUUUAUCACUUCCCACAGGUCUAUGCCCAGAGCCCCAGAAGCUUUUCUUCACAGCUUUCCCAUGGCAGCCCCUUUUUCCAUUCCCCAGAGCUCUCCCAGCUGGAUUUUAACACCGUGCACUACAUGCCAUACAGGCCAGCAGGCCCCAUGCCCACAUGCAGCCAUCAGCCCCCACUGGCCCAAAGUCUUCUCAUCCAGCAGCACCGCAAGCCUCCAGCAUGUGGGCAGACACCGUCUUCUCACAGGACUUGUCCCCUUCAGCACCAGUCCUCUUGUCUGGGGCUCAGGACUCCCCUCACACCAAAGCAGCACCAUGCUACUGCUCUUCGUUGGGGGGCCAGUCACGGGAGGCAUCAAAACAGCAGUGGCUCAGGAGAGAGCUACCUCACUGAGCACAGUGGCUAUCUGGCAGAUGGUCCAGGCAGUGACUCCAGCUCGGGGCCCUGUCAUGGUUCCUCCAGUGACUCUAUGUUGAACUGCACAGAUGUCAGCCUCCAGGGCAUCCAUGGCAGCUGUUCUACCUUCCGCAGCUCCCUGAGCAGUGACUAUGACCCUUUAGUGUAUUGCAGCUCUGAAGGACCGACCACUGACCAUGGCCAGGACCAGCCACAGCCUCCAAGAGAGCCAAGGCCGAGGUCGUUGGACUUUAUAGUGACUGGCAGUGCUGCCCUGGCCCAGCCUCAGAUACUUAGCCAUAUCCAUUAUCACCACCACAGACACCAUCACUACAGGAAGGACCUGGAAUGUCCAUCUGGGAGACCAGGCCAGGACUCUGGCCAGCGCAAGUCCAGAUAUUCUGGGGCCAAAAUGGGUUUGCAGAGUGCUCAGAUACAAAAAAAGGCUGAGAAAGUUCGUCACUGCCCACAGCAUCUUGAAAGCAUCUCUUUACCUCAGGAUGCACCUCUUUCAGGACAGCCUUCCUGUCUGCAGCAAAGACAUAACCCCUCAAAAACCCCUUCCUUGUCUGCAGACCAGUCUGACUUCAGCAAGGUAGCUGUCAGACCAGUUGGAGCAGCUGGUUCAUUGCCUUUCCAGCUGUCCCAGAAAUACAGCUUACAAAGUCGUCAUCACAGAAGGAAAAAGAAGUGCCACCUGGAGCCUUCCCUGGCUCACCUGCCAGAGGACUCAGACAUGCACAAAGCCUGUAAUGUUCACAUUCACUGUGGUCAACCCUCUGGUUAUAGCUGCUCCCAAGAAGUUCAGCCACUCAUGUCAAGUGCUCCUUUGCCCUAUUCCUCAGGCUCUCAGGUGGUUUGGAAGUGCCUAGUCCCACACUCAAACUCAGAACCCCAGCAGCAGAGACAAGGACUAUCAGAACAGGAGAGCAAGCCCAUAUUUCCAGGUGAUUUCUCAGGGACAGGCACAACAGAAGACAACACAGGUCUCUACCUUCACUGCCAAACUCUGCAACACAAUCAGGGAUCUGAAGAGGGGAUCCAAGACAUGUAUGAACAUUCAGUUUAAUAACAGAUGAACUCACUUGCCUACUACAGAGAGCUAGAGAAGACAAAGAGCUGCAGAACAGCAACAAGAAGUGGAAUCCUUCAGGCUCAGUGGCGCACUGUCUGUUUCUCUAAGCAGGGAGCAUCAUUACCAGUCCCACCCUGCAUGCCCCACGUUGAUAAGCAAAUUAUGCUUAUAACUUACAUGGUACCUGGUCUUGGCCUCUGCCCUACACAAUGCCAAAUUUUUGUGAUCACAUAAAAACACCAGUCAAUAUUUCCAUAUCCCCUUUUUCUUCCAAGGCCUAGAUAACACACACACAUUCAAAAGCAUGCUCUGUGCAUGGACUUAGAUGCUUAGAGCCGUAUGUUCGGUGUGCAUGAGCUGGAAAGCAUUCCGGGUGGUAUAAGCAGGAAGUGUUGCAUGGCUACACCUCUGGAUGGCUUAGAAGUUCAGCUAAAUGUUUGGAAAAUAGACAAACAUGCAAGACCAAAGGCUGCAGAAAUAAUAUGUAGCCAGGUAGCUCCUGUCUUCUGUAUUUCCUCAUUUAGGUCAAAGUCAUACCAGCCUAUUUCAUUUAACUCCUUACACUCUUAUUUCCCAAACAUAAGCACAAACAUAAUUCUGUUCCAUUUCUACACUAUGGGAGCUCUCUGAGGUCCUUACCCUGCUUCAAGUCUAGUAGAAAUUAAGGAUCCUUUCCACUAAGCAACUCACUGCCCUUUAGCCUAGAGUCAUCAGGUGACCUCCUAUGCUUUGCCUGCACUAGGAUCCUAUUGAAGAAAGAGCAAGAAGGAUCUGGAGGAUGUGGGCAGCAUUUUCACAAGUUGGAGGGCUAAUCCUUUCACUGCUUCUCAGAAUCUAUCAUCUCACCUGGGAAUAUGAACACAAAUUUCUCAUCCCUCCCACCUAUUGCAAGAGUAUGGGUUAAAAGUUAGCACUGUGACCACACCUGCCUAAAUCAGGCAUAAUGCAGGUGUCAAAGCUAAGAAGCACCUGCCUUGAGAGUCACAGGAAAACCCAUGAGGUGGCAUGGCUCCUUCUCCCAUUCUUCAGUAUGGUAACCAUCAUCACCAAAUGCCACAGUAAGAAGUACUUGGAAAUUUCCUGUGAAGCCUCUGCAGCAGUAAAUGCUGGGCAGAGCCCCACUUGCUAAUACUGUUGUAGUUUUGUAGGUUUUGAAAAGCAGCCAGCUCAUGCCCUUUUCCAGCCUAUUUAUAAUGAAGACAGGAGGUCUGAGUUUUGUUUUGUUUUGUUUAAUCCCUGUUUGUAUUUUAUUUUGGAGACAGCAGGAGUUUUUAUUCCCCCAGUUUCAUAAUACAAGAACAUUCCAUGAACUAUAAAGGUGAGAAAUUUAAAACUGAUCAAACAAAAUACUUUUUCAUAAAACAUGGGAUUAGCAGAACUCCUUGCCACAGAGUCAUUCAGGCCAAGAGAUUAGCCAGAUUCAAAGAGGGGUUGGACAGGUAUGUGGCAAACAGGAAUAUCCAGAGUUUACAGAGUUAAUGCUCAUGAGCUUUAGGAAAAGAUGGUAUAUCUCCUGCCGUGGGGCUAAAGCCAAUUUCCACCUAUUAAAAAUCAGGAUGGGAGUCAGUGGGCACAGGGAGGCAUUACCCCAUCUACUACUAUAGGGUUUUUAGUACCCUGCUGUGAAGUAUCUGGUGUUGUUCACUGUCCAACACAGGACAUUGGACUGUAUAAGCUUUGGAUCUAAUCCAGUCCUCCCUGAGCUCAUUCCUGGUUUUGAUAUAACAUUUUUGCAGGGAAGGAUGGGCAUUCUCUGGGCAAUUUACUGUGAACUCUUAACACUUCAGUCUUUAAGAAAGGCUUUUUCUCCCCCAGGUGUAAAUUAUUGAAAUCAAGCAGCUGGUACUAAAACAAACAAUAUUGGUUAAAGCAAAACAAAGAAAGCAAAACAAUUGUUUUUAUUCUCUUGGCUUGUGUGAGGUUGUCACUCGCUCAUUGUGCAGCUAGCCAGUGUUCCAGUCUGGAGAGGAUCUGGAUUUCUCAGGUCAAAGACGAGCAGGAUUGCAUUUUUUAGCCUCUCUCUCUCUCUUUUAUGAAUAACUAAGCAAGAGGAACAAGCUCAUUUCCCCUUGUUUACAGGUCACUUUAAGUCUGAGGAGAAAGCAGGAGCCAGCCUAGAUGCCCACAAUUGUAUUUCUACUGCAUGUGAAUUUUCUUUAAGGAUCUUUAAAUAACCCACCCAUGAGCAUCCCAGUCUCCUGAACUGACUUUGAAAAGCAGAAGGCCCUGAACACAAAGCUGCUCACAAAUCCAGGGCAUGAUCCUGCAAAGUGCUGACUUCUAGAUAAACACACUAAGCUCUCAUAGAUACCUCCAGGAGUCAGACUGCUUAAAGCUUCCCAGGCAGCACUUGAAAGAACAGGCCUCUAGUUUGCAGUUUUAAAGUAUUUUUUUCCCAGUAACACUAAGAGGAGGAAGUUCCCUUGCUGCAAGCCCGAACUCAACAGAACAUGCCCUCAGUGGUUAAGGACCCCUUCUGCUCUUACUGCAGUAUUAUGUGGGCUGUGAGGGACAGCUCCCACUUCUUAAGUAUUUUCAUUUUCCAGUCUUACGCUGCUGGUACUUUUCAUUUAUAAACCAAGACCCAAGGAUCUCCCUGAGCACUGAGAGACAAUCCAGGGGUUGUUUAGCUAGAUUAGGAGUGUCCAGAUGGGUUCUUAGAGGAGAAGGAGCUCUUUCUUACUAGAAGAAAUAUUCUGAGAUAUUUUAAAUGGUAAGAGAAGUAGAGUUUGGUCUUCUAGGAAGGAGACCCAUAGCUAAGAAAUGCUCCCCAUCCUAAGAUAUAUGCUGAGCACUUGUGGCUUCCUUACUUCAGUGGUACUCACAGGUGCUCAGCACCUCUCAGAACCAGACUUUGAGGCCAUUUAUAAAUGUGUUCAGGGGGAAGCGGGAGGGUGCUUUAAUUAGCCCAGUUCCAAGAGCCAUGCUAAUUAAAAGCACCAGGAGUGUCACAUGUAUCAGCAUCCAUGUGCUGAACAUUGGUGGCAGAGCGCUUUGAACUAAAGCUCGUUGAACGAGCUUUGAUUUAAAGCACCCUGCUGUCAUUUUUCAGCACGGAUGCUGAUACACAUGAUGCUGGAGUCUGCUGGAGCAUGGAAAUUACCAUGUAGUCUGCUCCAGUGUGUUGUAAUUACAGCAUGUCAGAGUAGCCUCCCUGCAUGUGUAUAUAUGCCCUGUCUCCUAUACUCUUCCAAAGCAGGGUUUCAGCCACACACAUGGGGUACAGGGGUGCACGUCCCCCGAGACUGGCUGCCACUGACGUCAACACUGGCUUCUGCAGGCGGUCACCACUUGCCAUGCCGAUGCUGCCGCUGGCUUCUGCAGGCAGUCGCCAUCCUGGUGCCACCGCCGCCAGCUUCUGCAGUUGGCUGCAGCUCGCCACACCAACACUGGCUUCUGCGGGCAAUCAUCACCCCACUGCCACCAGCUUCUGGGGGCAGUCACCACUUGCUGCCAAUGCUGCCACCCACAAACUGUGCCCCGCCAGUCUCAGGAGGCACCAGUCACCCAUGGCUUCAGCUUUCUUCCCUUGCACUACAACAGGGCUUCAGCUGGAAGUAGAAGUGAAAGCCAGAGCUUCCCAAAGGAGCAUAAUUCAUUACCCAACCCUCAGUGGCCCCCAGAGGUGACAGAGAACAGAGCUUUAGCCUCUUCCCAGGACACCCAGCACCACUGGGAGGCAGCUAAUGUGGGUGCAGGGCCCCAAACUGGAGUCCGUCAAUCAUGAACGCUGCUCUCUGCUCCCUCCUCUUGGAAAAUUCAGAUCCUUUUGAAAUGUGAACAUGGUUGCCAUUUUUUUGCUGAGUCUGUUCUUUAGGCUCUUGGGGUUUGGAGGUAAAUUACAAACCAAAAAAAUAGGUUUUAUAUAUAUGCAAAACUGUGUAUUUAUGUCUGAGUUAGAAACAAAAAAUGUGAAUAUCAUGAUGUGCUCAGAAACAUAUUUAUUUACUAAUAUAUUUAUCCAUAUACCUGGUCUGCUCUUGUGUUUUUGUUCUGUAUGAAGUCAUCAGAGGCUUGUUUUAAAAAGGUGCCUCCUUCCAGUUCCACAGAAAUAAAUUAUUUCGAAUGACUUGA